AUUAAUACAGGUCCCAUUGUGUUCAAAUGACGAGACUAAUGUGACUUUAAAAUAUCAUGGAAAGCACCUGUGAAACCAUUCAUUUGUGUGUAACUUUUAUGUGAUCUUAUACAAUUUCAAUGCAAGCUGGUCGCAACUAGGCUCUUCCAGAAGACAUGAUUGAAGUGGACGCUUUCAAGCGUCCAUCUCCGUCGCCAUCCCGAAGCUCAGUACGGAGUGACAGUAGAGUUUUUCGUCAACCUCGUGUCAUCCAAGUGAACCGCGAUGCGUCCACCAUGGUGGAGGACGAGACAUGCGCGCCGGCCGGAGCCAGCACCGCCGCGCCCACCCUCGUCUCCGACUGGGAACCGCAUCUCGGCCAGCAUUCCACUCACUUCCGAUCGCGCACCUUUAGUGACGGCUUCAUCAGGAAUACCAGCCUUGAACUGCUCCUGGGAGUCGAUUGCGAGGCUUGUCUCGCUUUAGCAGCUCAAAGACAAUGCGUCGACAAACACAUAUCAGACCGAGACUUCGACUUAGUAUGUAACUGCAAUGUUCAACAAAAUAAUUAUUUAAACUGUCACCGUGAUGUAGUAGAUCAACGAGGACACACUCUUAGUAUUUACGACUUAGAAAGGAUAAAAAGAGAGAGAGGGAGACGUCACUUAGCAAUUGGAUCUCAUCGAAGCUUGGAUCGUAAACAUAACAAAAGUAAAACGAUUGGUGUGGGGAAUUACAUUUCAAAACAAUUAAUUUCGUAUGAUCAAACUACUACUUUAGUGCAGAAAAUUAAAAGGAAAUUAUCCAAUUUGAAAAAAAUUGGUGGCGAUGCAGUUUUGAAAAAACAUCAAAACGCAGUUCAAUUAGCUGAGAUUGCAACAGGUUCCUCAAAUUCUCUAAAAAAGCUAUCGAUGUUGUCAUUAGUCGACAAGUCACAAAGGCGAAUAAACAGCCAAAGUUGUAUAUUCGCAUCAUCUGGUUAUCAAGGAAAAGAUGAAAUAAAAAAAAAUGUAUCAACGUAUGAAAAUUUUUCGGGAAAUGUGGACCAAUGUUUCGAUAGAUUGCGAGAUUGUAAUGUCAGUACAGAUCGGAGUAGACGAACAGCAAAUAAAAUGAUAAGAAUGAGAAGCUUCGAUAAUAACGACGAUCUUAUAUCUAAAACAUCUCCCGCUUUGGGGGCUACGAAGUUUUCCACUCUAGAUAACCGGAGUCGGUGUAGAAGUAUAAGAAGGCAGAUGUCUUACAAUGAGUUUCCAAGCGAGCGAUAUAGGGAUAGAACACCAGAGACGUGGUCGCGAGAUGAAAACACAAUGGAGUCAAGAAGUACCCGCAGCGACCUGGUGGAUGACGAUUCACAGACUUUUAUAGACGGUGACUUGAUGAUGUCCGCGCCACGUUCUGUGCACGCACAUUGUACUUGUGACACUGGGCGCGAUACUAGAAUACCUUCUAUAUUUUAUGAUACACAGGGGAAGAAAAGAGCGGCGCCGGCGCCUGACGUAACGGACCGAAGUCAGGGAACUCGGCCAGCUUGUAGUGCCUGCAAGUCACCACAGUGGCUACCCACAGGCACGCUAUCCACCACUAGCCACAGCUCCACUACCACUGCUAACUCCUCCCGUUUUUCUGUGUGGCACCGUCGUUGGUGUUGCGUGGCGGUGCUAGUCCUGGUGGCCGGCACGGCUUGCGUGGCGGGCCCCCUGGCGCUGCGGGCUUCGCCGGGAGCCCCGCUACACGAGAGACUCCGCCUCGUAGAGCGCCUCCUUCACGAGACACCGCUCAUUGAUGGACACAACGACUUACCUUGGAAUAUAAGAAAGUUUUUACAUAAUAGAAUUAAAGAUUUCAGAUUCGAUGAAGACUUACGAACAAUAUCCCCUUGGGCUACGAGUUCUUGGAGCCACACCGACUUGCCCAGGUUGAAACAAGGCAGAGUUGCUGCACAGUUCUGGGCGGCGUACGUGCCGUGUGACGCGCAGCACCGCGACGCCGUGCAGCUCACCUUCGAGCAGAUCGACCUCAUACAGCGGCUCACGGAAAAAUAUCACCCCCAGCUCACUAUUUGCACCACUGCGGAUGAUAUAGUGUCAGCGCACGCCAACCACCGGCUAUGUUCGUUGGUGGGCGUUGAGGGCGGCCACGCAAUCGGGGGCUCGCUCGGGGUUCUCCGCACCAUGUUCCAAGUGGGGGUCCGGUACCUGACCCUCACCUCCACGUGCAACACUCCGUGGGCUGAGUGCGCCUCUGCCUCCAAUGACCGUGCGGAACCUUCGCCGAGAGGUGGACUCACACACUUCGGCAAGGUGGUAAUAAAGGAGAUGAACCGGCUAGGUAUGCUGGUGGACCUAUCUCACGUUUCCGAAAGAACGAUGCGUGAUGCUUUAGCCGUGUCGCGGGCACCGGUGAUCUUCUCCCACUCCUCGGCGAGAGCGCUGUGCAACGUCACGAGGAAUGUUCCGGACUCCGUGCUGCGACUCCUAGCCGCCAACAAAGGACUCAUCAUGGUCAAUUUCUACACUUCUUUCCUCACUUGCAAAGAGACAGCUACGAUUCAGGACGCUAUUGCGCACAUUAAUCAUAUUCGCGAGGUAGCUGGAGUGGACAGCGUGGGUUUGGGUGCGGGCUAUGACGGCAUUAAUUUCACACCGCAAGGGUUGGAAGACGUCUCAUCAUAUCCACUCCUGUUCGCGGAGUUGAUGGAGGAGGGUUGGAGUGUGGAAGAACUUAGAAAGUUGGCCGGUUUAAACCUCCUGCGAGUUCUGACCGCCGCCGAGACGGUCGCCAGAGAAAUGACCAGCACUCAUGUAGUACCUUACGAAGAAAUCCCACCGCGUGUUCUUGACAUUCAUAACUGCUCUAGUCAAAACAUGUAGAUUAAAAAAUUAGAGAGAAUUAUAGAUAUUUUAUAGGCAUAUAAUUAUUCCCAUUAAAGGCAGUCGUAAUUAUCGAGAUUUUCUGUAGCAGUUAGUAUCUAGGUAUCGAGAUAAAAUUACUACUAGUCGUACUUAUAGGUAUAUUUUUGAAAGCUCAUAAUAUUUUUCACUUAUAAAUUUUUCAACACUGUUGGUUUAUGGUUCUAAAUAGAUGUACUAAGGUACCUUAACUAUAAAUACUUACUAAAUGUCUAUCAAUUAAUAAAACGAGGGCAAGUUAACAAAAUGUCCUUUCCACAAAGGGAUAUAUUGGUGCUUAAUGUUACUAACGAAAACAGCAAUUAUCUCUACUGCAGUAGAUACACGCCUCGCCUCUCUUUUACGACUGCCAGUUUUCCGCAAUAAAUACACUUUUGAAAGAUACAUCGCCCGCUGGAUCCGUGAUAAUUGUGCCACCCAUUUUCUAUCAAAAAAUUCAAGUAAUACACUUACUUGAAUUUUAUGUUUCGAAGCGAACAUUUUCAAUGUGUGAUUUUCAAAAAUGAAAAUUCGCAGGAUGUUUUAGUCACAAGGAAUGUGUAAAUGUAUCACGUAAAAAAAAU